UGGGGCAGAGAGAGAGAGAUAGAAGGCUCGAGUGAGGCACAGAAGCCACAGGUCUUUUUCCUCCUUGCGUUUCACCUUUAGGAAAGCUGAGAUAUGCCGAAAUGUGAAACAAGAGCAAAAGGACAUGAAAAGAACAUGAAAGAAAGAAGUCGUCAUUAAUUGCACUACGAAGUUCUCUCUUCCCUCUUUUCUACCAUCUUGCACUUCUCUCAAUUUAAUCGUAAAUCCACUCCAAUUUCCCCCGCAGGACUCAAUUCUCUAUUUUCCUCGAGAGGACAGAAGCAGAGGGUCCGUCCUUCCUGGUGGAGCGGCACCAGGAUCUUCCUCUUUCUCUCUGUUCUGCUCCCUCGUCGCCCUCCCCACCUGCAAUCAUGACGCUGCUGGCCUCCGAGAGGUCACUUCUCAUCCGGAACAAGUUUCGCUCAGUGCUGCAGUUGAGGAUUCAGAACCGAAGACAGAAUGAGAUCAAUGCAGACUCUGGGUUGAAAUCUGCAUGCCCUUCUGAAAAAGCAGAGAAAGAGCAGGGUGAAGCUCUGCGUCUUUCAGAUGAUGGCGUGACUCAGAUGUUGCCCCCUGGUGGUCUGAAGCCUGAAAGUGGAAAAGAAAGGAGUGUGAGCGGGUUCCAGAGGCAGAAGAAGGCUCGUCAGUCACAGGACCUCUGUGAGAGGAUCCAACACCCGCCUGGACCCCCAGAGCAGCGGUUUGAAUGCACAGUGGCCCAAGAGAAUGCUGAGUCACCGUGCAUCCGCACUUCCUCUUUCCCCCUGUCCACUGAUGUCUUUGAAAAUGACAUUUCCUCCUGCUCCUCAUCCCCGCCCACCGAGCAGCACGCAGUGCACCAAUCGCCCGCCUUUUCGCCAAUAUCAGGGCUCUCAGGUGACCAGUUACUGAGUGACUUCUCAGCGGUGGGCCCGCCCAUUAACCUCAGCCCCGAUCAGUCAGGUUUGGCGUUGCUCCCGGCAACCGAGAGCAUCAGACAAACUGUGAGUGUAACACUGGGUGAAUCAAACUCCAUGGCAACAACUGGGAGAGCAAACGGGAUGUAUCUGACCUCUCAGACAACACCUCUGCUGCCAAAGACAGCUCGGGCUCCCAGUCCAUCCCGGUCAUCCUCCCACCUCCUCCCUGCCCCACUCCCUCAACUUCAGCCAUCUCCCCCGCCAACGGAAACCGCGGGACACCAAACCUAAGAUGAAGAAACUAAAAUAUCACCAAUACAUUCCUCCAGAUCAGAGGGGACCAUCUGGGAGC